GGCGCCGCCUCCGCCGCCGCCGCCUCCUGCGCUGCUGCUGCCCGUGGUCGGCGCGGUGGGCCAGGCGGCGCGAUGAGGCUUCUCGCGGGGCCGGCGCUUCCCUUCUCCCCGCCGGGGCUGCUGCUGCUUCUGCUGGCGCUGCUGGCGGCGGCCGCGACGAGGAUGGCGGCGGCGGCGCUGGCCAAGGAGACGGCCUUCGUGGAGGUGGUGCUCUUCGAGUCCAGCCCCGGCGGCGACUACACCACCUACACCACGGGGCUGCAGGGCCGCUUCUCCCGCGCCGGGGCCACGCUCAGCGCCGAGGGCGAGAUCGUGCAGAUGCAUCCCUUGGGACUCUGCAAUAGCAAUGAUGAAGAGGAUUUGUACGAAUAUGGCUGGGUUGGAGUGGUGAAGCUGGAGCAGCCGGAGGUGGAACCCAAGCCCUGCCUGACAGUCUUGGGCAAGGCCAAGCGGGCAGUUCAGAGAGGGGCCACAGCUGUCAUCUUUGACGUAUCUGAGAACCCAGAUGCAAUUGACCAGUUGAACCAGGGCUUGGAAGACCCCCUGAAAAGGCCCAUUGUGUAUGUGAAAGGAGCAGAUGCUGUCAAAUUGAUGAACAUUGUCAACAAGCAGAAGGUUGCCCGGGCCAGGAUUCAGCACCGGCCUCCCCCGCAACCUACCGAAUACUUCGACAUGGGGAUUUUCUUGGCCUUUUUCGUGGUGGUCUCUCUCGUGUGCCUUGUUCUUCUGGUCAAGAUCAAACUGAAGCAGCGCCGGAGCCAGAAUUCCAUGAACAGGCUUGCUGUGCAGGCCCUUGAGAAGAUGGAGACACGGAAGUUCAAGUCUAAGCUGAAAGGGCCCAGCGAAGGCAGCUGCGGUGCCCUGGACACGCUGAGCAGCAGCUCCACCUCUGACUGCGCCAUUUGCCUCGAGAAGUACCUGGACGGGGAGGAGCUGCGUGUCAUUCCCUGCACUCAUCGGUUCCACAGGAAGUGUGUGGACCCGUGGCUUUUGCAGCACCACACCUGCCCGCAUUGCCGCCACAACAUCAUUGAGCAAAAGAAGGGUGCCACCGGCCAGGUGUGUGACGACCUUGCCAAUCAGAUGCGCAGCCGUCAGCACCAGCAGCGCAUGAUCCUGCCCGUCCAUUACCCGGGCCGAGUUCACAGAGCCAGCCAGGUCACCACUUACCCCACACGAACCAGCAUGGACCCCCACGGGAACCCUAUUACCGUCCUGACAGUGGACCGGCACGGGGAGGCCCCGGCCUUCCUCCGGAGCUACCAGCCCAUCCACUUGGACCAUGCUCUGAACGCGCACCAGUGCGGGGUGGAGCACAGGGCCUACCCAGCCAUUCACACCUUCCGAAGGCCCAAGUUCAGCAGCCACCACUUCUCCAAGCCAGCUUGCUUCUCCCAGUACGAAACCAUGUUCCAGCACUACUAUUUCCAAGGCCUUAGCUACCCAGAGCAGAACGGACAGCUGCCCCUGGGCGUCGCUGCCAAGGGCCCCUCGCGUGCCUUCCAGCCUGUGGGCGGUGGGGGCGGCAGCGGCAGGCUCUUCGCCCCUGUGGUCCACGUUGCGCCUUCCUCCCGCCUGGAGAGCGGCAGCACCUCCAGUUUCAGCUGCUACCACGGCCACCGCUCCGUCUGCAGCGGCUACCUGGCCGACGGCCCUGGGAGCGACAGCAGCAGCAGCAGCGGCAGCAGCUCGGGCCCCUGCCAUUGCUCCUCCAGCGACUCCAUGGUGGACUGCACCGAGGUCAGCAACCAGGGAGUCUAUGGGAGCUGCUCCACCUUCCGCAGCUCCCUGAGCAGUGACUAUGACCCGUACAUCUACCGCAGCAAAAGUCCCUGUCGGGGGGGCGAGGUGGGUGGGGCAAGCAGAGGGACCGUGGUUCUUCUGGAAGGGCCCCCUGCUCCAAACGUGGUGGAUAGCGACUGCCUGCCUGUGCUGGCCACUUCCGCAGGGGACCAGCUCUCCAACUGCAGCCUGGAGAUGAACUACAGCAGCAACUCCUCGCUAGAGCACCGGGAGCCUCCAGGCACCAUCCCCGAGGGGGGAGGGCUAGAGGGCCUGGCGGGGGGAGCCAGCCGGACCUGCAGAGGACUCCGGGAGCCGGCUUGCGCCUGCUGCUUUGAGGCCCCUCCUGUGCCCCGGGAGUCCCUGGGCAGGGCAGCUGAGUGCAGCAUGCUGCUUCUUGGGCCGCCUCUUUGGGCAGGGUGUGGCUCUGGGCGAGAGCCGCAGGCAGGAAGAAGCCAAGAUCUGUACAGUAUUAGGACAGAGGGGGGGACAUGCGAGGCUGUGCCCUGUUGCUUCUAUGAAGAGAAGCAGGUGGCCGGCAACAGCUGCCUGACUCAGCCUGGCUGCUAUGCCGCCGAGGACUAUGCUGUCAACGUGCAGUACACGCCGUGCCCAGAGGACUCCUCUGCCUUGCCAGGCUGCUACGUGGGGGGAUGUGACCUGGGUCAGCGCAUCUCCAUAAUUCCCGAGGACCAGGACUGUGAGCUGCCCCUGCCUCACACGGAUUGCCACGGUGGCAGCAGCCGCUCUUGGGAGGAGCCACGUGGAACAGCAGCCGCAAACCAACUCUGCCUGGGUCCAGGGGAGGCCCACAGAGAGCUGUUGCAGGAUCAGCCGGGGGACUUACUGCAAGGGGAAGCCCUUGGGCUCUUUCCCAGCCCCCUCCUGAGCUGUCCUGAGGCAGCUGUGGUGGCAGCGGCAGCAGCAGCAGGAGGCACCCAGAUGGUGGGUAAGUCAGCAGCUCCAGCAGGUGUGCAGGAAAGGUGUUGUAGGUGGGACACCAGCUCUUUAAUCUGCAUAGAUGCUUCAUGAGGGAUGGCGAACUCUGAAAUGUGUUCCUGCCGGACGUCGGGCAGAGCAGCCUGCCAGGCUCUUACCUGGCCCUGCUGGGAGUGUGCUGGCUGUGGGGCGGUGGGGUGGGGUGGCGUGUCACUUUGACAGCUGCCUUUGUGCAUGCAGGAGCACAGAACCCAUGGCAAGGUCCCAAGCAGAAAGAAGGAACGGGCGCUACUGCACAGGCUGUGGGGCUUCCAGGGAAGCAGAUUUGGCUAAACUGGGGGUUGCUACAUUUCAGCCGCUUGUAGUCGCUGUGGAAGCCCUCCCCUCUGGCUGCCUACUCGAGGCACUUCCUUUGUCUUUUCAGGCUGUGAUCCUCCAGGCCCAGGCCAGGUUGGUGACUAAUGAGAGCAGGAGCCUGUCUUUGUGCCUCGCGAUCUCUGCUGGACUUCACAAUUGUCUUUAGCUUUUGCUCACCCAUUGAAGUGGUCAACUGGAGAAGGCACCUUCCGCAGUGUGCAUUGCAGCCUCUAUGCCACAAAGUGUUCGUAACAAGCCACCGUGCCACUUCUGCCCCCUCCUGCAGCUGGGCAGGAGCCCAGAGAGGGCCAUCAAGCCCCGCUGCCUGCAGAGAUCAUCUGGGCCUGCCUUAGAAAGCAAACGGCACCUUGAAGCAAAAGAAGUCCAAAGGAGUGGCAGCAAUGAGGAUGGCUGCAAGGGGGCAGGGAAAGCAGGCUGGCUGCGGAGUGCCCCUUCCUCCUCACAGCCAGUCCAGCACCAGUCAAGGAGUUGGGGGCAGCAGUCAGGAGCAUUCUGGAGCAUAGCAUCUUCCAGGAUAGCUUCACCUGCCCCCAGAAGAUGAGGGGUCGGGGGACCAAUGAAUGUUUCCAAGGAGCACACCUGCUGCAGUAAUCUCAGGGCUCUGCUGAAACAGGAAAGGGUUUUUGGGGAUGAUGCGGGAGCCCGGUGCUGCUCUUCCUAGGGGUGUGUUGGUUAAGGCUGGACCUAAGCCCUGCCUUGUGUCCGCUGCUGCAGAGAUGGUUGCUGCCACUGCUUUGAGGCCCGUGCCUUGUGCCUGCCUGCGCUCAUGCCCCAGCAGGCAGAGAUCCCUCCCUCUUGUUCUGUUGAUGCAUGUUGUCACUUGCUUCCAAUUGUUAAUCGUUUCCUGUGGAAACAAUGGCUUCGGUCUCCCAGAGGCAUGAUUCCAAAGGGCACCUGGUCUGCGUGGGCAGGACCUCAGGGAAUGCCACUGUUUGGGGUCUGUGGAUGCAUGCUGUAUGUGGGCUGCUUCUAUCUUCUCUGUGAUGUCUGUGAUGGACAUUUUGCUAAACUGUGUCCAAAAUGUGGAUUGUGGGAGGAGGGUGUUUAAUGUUUUCUUAAUGGAAUGUGCCUAGAACUCUCUCCCUGCCCCAGCCUCAGUUUAAUUUACUAAAACCAAUGGCACUGUGUGAUUCAGAAAGGUACCUAACCUCUCCAUUUGUGCCCAGCUCAUGAAAAUAAAAAGAAAGCUUGAAUAGUAUAAAUUUCAAAGAGCUCUUAACCUGUUCUAGGUUAAACGAACAGACCCUAGUGUUUUACCCAUCAGUAAUUAUUAACUCAGCAUUGUACACGUUCACCAAGUGAAGUUCCCUGGUGAGCUGCAGUCCCUCUCAGCCGUGUGUUUGUGUGUGCAAGGGGAGCACAGGGAAGGAAAAUGGGUUCUGUUUUGAUUUCUGCAUAUGAGAUCAAAGCCAAGAGGUGAGGGCCUGGCCCAUGGGCCUCCUUGCCUCAUGCUCUUAUGAUCUCUGUGCUGUGAUGUAGGCGGGAUCUGCAACCACACAGCAGCAUUCCAGAAGGUUCUGGAGCUUAGAAGAGCUUGCAGCCCUGUUCCAGAGUGAGGGGACCCCUGUGCCAGCUGACUUCCUCAAGUCAGGGGCCUCCACUUUCUCCUCAGUUUCUUUUCAAGCAAAACUCUCUCCCUCCCUCCCUCUCUUUACAAAUAUUUAUCCUCAAAAUAUAUUUCAUUUCACUUUAUUUCCUGUCAUUGAAUAUAUGUGUGUCAUCCAAAGCGAGAAAGGAAAGAAGGAACUGAAUUUGGAAACUUU